CAAGUUCGCUCCUUAAUGGAAGCGUCCGACGUGCAUUCUCCAAACUGUGUUUGCUUUUAAAAAGUGUAAAUGCACAAGGCCACGAGUCCGAAGGCACUCUGCCGGACUAAGUUCAUGGAGCUACUAUUCAAAGUUUAAAUGAAGAUACUGGAGGUCUGAAAUACAUAUUGAUAUCUGGCAAAAUUCAGUAAAUUGGACGUUAUCUCUGAAAAGUUUCAGAAAAAACUAAAGCAUGAAGUUGAAUGAAAGAAGUGUGGCAUACUAUGCCACCUGUGAUUCUCCAACUGAUAAGACUGGAUACUUGCAUAAAAAGGGAGAACGAAACACUGCUUAUCACAGACGUUGGUUUGUUUUGAAGGGUAAUCUGUUUUUUUACUUUGAAGAGAAGGAGAGCAGAGAGCCAAUUGGAGUAAUCAUACUGGAGGGUUGUACUGUGGAAUUGUGUGAAUCUUCAGAGGAGCAUGCUUUCGCAAUCAAGUUUGAUAGUGUUAAAUCAAGGACAUAUAAAAUGGCUGCUGAGAGCCCAGCAGAAAUGGAAGCUUGGGUUAAAGCUUUAUCCCGUGCAAGCUUUGACUAUAUGAGAAUAAUUGUGAGGGAACUUGAAAAGCAAUUGGAAGAGAUGCAGCAAAAUAGAGUCAGCAGCCGUAAAAGCCAGAGAAAACCACUAGUGCGAAAACAUGCAAUCAACCCUUCUAGUGCACCACAAAUCUCAAAUAGUUGUGCUGUAUCUUAUGGGAGUCCUGUUAAAGAAAAUGGCUAUGUCCCCUGGAAUACUACACCAGAUCAAAUGCUUGAAACUGAGUUGAAUGGCAAAGCUCAUGCCAUUAACGAUAAUAGUGACAUUGCAAAAUAUUUCCCAGACCAGGUGCCUGAAAGACCUCCACAUACCCAGCGCUUGCCACCUCCUUUGCCCCCUAGGAGGAAAUCAGCAACAGGAGGGAUAACAUCUGGGAUUGGUAGUCUGAUGCUCACCCAUGAUAAUGCUGCAUCAGCAACAGGGAGCUGCAGCUUUAGCAGAUUACAUGAAUGGUUUGGCAGGGAUGUGAUACAGCUGCAAAGACAAUGGCAAGAGCACAAGAUCAGAAGUGAUGGUGGAUCACAGUCAGAUCACAUAAUCUGAAUUAAUAAUGUACAUCUUGCACAGUUUCUUUAAAAAGGACAAUUUCAUACUCCAAUUUCAAAUCUAAUUUGAUCUCUUUAGAUUCAUGUCCUAGCCAAGUAGUACUUUCCAGAAAGUAUACAAAUGGUACUCUGCAUCUCUGUUUUAAUUCGUUUUAUAAUCUGGCUGGAUCCAGCAAAUUAAUUAAUUAAUAUAUUUCAGUGUGCAUUGGGCACUGUCGUACAGCAUUUGCUAUUUAUGUCCUCUUAACUUUAGCAUCCCUGGCAGUGAAAUGAAAAUGCACAUGGAAAUUAAAAUAAUUACAAUCAGAGCUUUUGUUAUAUAUGGGCUUCUGAGUUGUGGUGCAGGGGUAAAUCAAGUGCACCUGAAGAUUUAAGUUUGGCACCUGGUAAUUGCUGUUUUUUAACCAGAAAAUUAGGAUGAAUGACCAGAUACAGUGUGUGGGAUUUGGCAAUCAACCAAGCUUCUAUAGUUUACAUUGAGAUUUGUGCUUGCAACAAUUAAAGUUUGCUAUCCACGUUUAUUUGGUCAGCUUGCCAAUAUUCACAAAAUAACCUACACAUGGACACUGUUGGGGAUGAGGAGGGGGUGUGGAAAGAGAUACCAAACUCAGGACUUUCUUGCCUUUCUUUCAUGGUGCUCCCAGUUAUUUUAUGUUCUGUUCCAUUAACCUAAUGCCCCCCCCCCCCAACCCCAACUCUUGCUUACUCGAUACAUUACAAACAUAGAACCAGCAGCUUAUCAGUGCAGUGCUACUUGUCCAAUGUCCUGCAUUGCCACCAUUAAGGGUUCUGUGUGACCAGUUAAAGUAGUAACAGACAUUUUACAAAUUUAUCAAACACUAAAGAUAUUGUACACUAUUUAUUUCUGAAAAUCCAGGAAUAAGAAGGAACACUUAAGUAAAAUUUUGUUUCUUAAUCUGUGUGGUUGAUAGGGAAAUGUACAUCACACUGCCUAUUUAAACAUCAGAAAAAAAUGCAAGCAUAUGUAAAUCAAGAAGUACCCAUUGACUGGCUUGAAAAGUUAUUACAGUAAUUAAUUUUUAAAAUCAUUCCAUUAUACUUCCAAAUGACUUGGUAAAUGCAGUGCAAUAUGCAGUACUGAGCCAUGUGGUACACAAAGGCAUCGUAUCCAGUCUUCUGAUCGGGACAAAGAAAGCUGAGCUCAGUUAGGAAAAGGACUCUAAUAUUGGUUUCAGACUCGCGGCACCGGAGAAAGUCAUUGUUUUCCCUCUGGAUCACCAUCCAGUGAUGCUUGCUUAACGGUGAAUACUGUACUGGAUGUCAAAUGAAGACAGAAUCAUGGUUGGCUACAUUGAUGCCAGCACACUAUACCUUAGUAUAGUGUGCUGUUAGUGUCAGCUGCUGGAUGGUCACCUUUUCCAUUUCUGGCACUCAAUAAAAGAAUAACACUUUUAAAGGUUUUGCUUUUUAAUUCUGCAAUAUUUAGGGUCUAGAGCAAACUUUAGCCAGCAGUUUCUGUGGCUUAAAAUUGUAACAAAGGUGGUGUGAUUGGCCACCUCUUCCCAAGAUCAUCAUGGGGAUUCUAGCUAGUUUUUUUGGAGUCGCCAUUUUAUGGUGGAUGAUUGAGUACCCUGUCUGGUAGCAGAAUAGAUCCUUUUAGAGUAGAAGUCAAGGAUAGAUGCUAGCGUAGAUGUUGGAUUGUGGGGAGAAGGAGGUUGGGGUGGGACAAUCUCUACCAUGCGGGAGGACAACUAGAAAGGGUCUUAAUUUUUGGCAUCCGGUACCAGAAUUUGAAUAGAAUUUGGCACUUUUCACAAAUUGAUUUUGGAAGAUCAUGUGCAGAGUUGCUGCACCUUCAUAUUUUCAGUUUGCUCAGCUUCAGUUGCUGUUGAAAAAUGCAUAAAUUUUUUUUUUAAUGUCUUUGUUGCUUUAUGUUCUGAGAAAAUAUGCCUCAGGCACGCUGCACUAAACAAACAAAUUGUACUUUGAACAAUAAUUCAUUUUUUAAAAUAAUAAUGCUACCUUCUGCAACUUUGUACUUGGAGAUGUAUGAAUAUGUAUAGUGCAUGAAUUUGCCAAUUCUGUAGUUGGGGUUUUAGUUCUAGUCAUGCUCUCUGUGGGUGGGUUGCAACUGGGUUUAGCUUGGCUAAGCUAAACUGUGUAUAGGGAGAGAAGGGGGAGAAAAAGUUCCAACUUCAGAUUUUAAUUAAUGAUUGUUGUUGGAAAUGUGAUUGUUGGACAAAGAAAAAAUUAUGCCUGGACUUGAUCACUUCCAUAGUCAAAAGACCUAUUGGCUUCAACUGCCUAGGAAAAAGUACUAACUCUUAAUAUUUUUAAAAGCCAUUCAUUAAGUAGCUGUUGGAGUGAGUAAUAAAGAGAAAUGUUACUGAACGUAGAGAAGUGCAAAGAAAUUGCCAUUUUACUGAAUCUUUCAUAUUGCUAUGACAAUUAGGCCAGGUUAUCCAAAGAUACAGUUUGCAGAAGACCAAUAUAAUUCUUGGUAUUUUAAAUGUAAACUUUUAAUGUAAAAUGUCAAACACCACUAAUAUAACUUUGUGCCCUCAUGAUUCCGUGGAGGACGAUAUUAAGUGUGAUUAUAGCUGCAUAAGCAUUACAAGCAAGAAAGUACUCUUUUCCCACUGUUUGAUAUGAAUUGACAGUGCAAUCAAUACCAUUAAAUGCAAACAUCACAAGAUCUGUCUUGUGGCAAGUGAAGUCCCUUCCUAUUUAAAACAAGAGCCAGCAUUAGAAUCAAAUAUUUAUUGCAAUUUUAGUGUUACACUCAACCCCCACCCCAGAAGCAGCCAGUAUUUAAUGCUUUUAGUAUAAUGUUAAUUCCACUUUUACAAUGCUCAGUUUUUAUCAAAUAAUUUUAAAUGAGUUCCCCUUCUCAGAAACAGCAAAACAGUGCAUUGCCAUGACGUUUACACAUUACAGAGCAGAAAAUUUCAUUGUUAUCUCACUUUGUUAAUGUUCAGGACAUAGAUCAUGAGGUGCUGUACUUCUAAUUGAAAUUCAAGAUUUCAAAAGAUGUGUUUGAAUCAUAAGUUGUGUAGCAAUCUUGGGGAUGUUAUCUUCAGUUGUGUCAAUGCAUAUAGUAUUUUUCUUUUUAGCUUGUGUCGGCACAGAUUUUUGUUUGCAUUUUACUUCAUUUUUGGGUAGCAGAGUUUAAAAAAUCCAACACUCUAAUGCUGCAACAUAUUGUGGCCAGCUUCUGAAAUAAACUACAUCAGGCUCAGAGAGCAGUUAUGGUACUCUAUCAGUGCCAUAAAUGCCAAGACAUUUGAUCAAUAAUUUUUGCACUAGACCAUGAAUUGAUUAUAAAGAGAAAGGGACAGAGCUAAAGGGAAGAGUUAAAUAGUCUGUUUCUAAAACGUCUUAAUGGUGCCAUUUCUGUAUCAUUUACCACAGCUUUUAAAAUCAAGACAAUUAUAUUUUCUUCAAUCUUUGUGCAGAAAACAGACAUUUUUUGUAAUAAUUCUGAAAGUAAUUAAAGAUGUGCCAUGAAGUGUUAGUGAAUUGAUGGAAAAUUGGUGAUUGCACUUUCCUGUUUUACAAUAUAGACUUCCAUAUAUGCUUCACUUCAUAUCGGAUAACAUUAACACACAAAACACUAAUGUACGAAUGUCUUCAAGUAUUUAUUAGUGGUAAUUAAUCAACACUAUUCUCACAAACCAUUACCUGCAAAUGCUGUAGUGUGAACACAAAAGAUACUUUUCAUUUAACAGCAGUUCUUUUCCUCCACAGACUGUAAUUACCACUUCAGAAGUUACUUAAAAUAUCAUGUUAUUUUAAAAAUACUUUUGCAUUACAUUAUCACAUUAUUUUCAAAGACAAUUUUACAAGUUUGAAUUUGUGAAGUUGGCCCCUGAUUUCUUGUUCAUUGUGAAAAUUUUUAACAUAUGCCAGUCUUGAUUAAUCCAUUAAUGUAUUAAACCUUUUUUUUAAGUUGACAUUAGAGUUAAAAAUUAUAAUACUUAAUUUUCUUAUCAAAUUUUAAAAAAAUCUUUUAAUUGCAUGAUUCAAUUUUCAGAAGCUGUAAGUUGUUGUAGACCAAUUAGUCAAUAAUCAUAAGCAUUUGUGUCUAGGACUUUCGGAGCACACAAAAAUCAAAUGGGAUAAAAUGGAAUGUGCCUGAGAAUGUUCUCCAAGAGAUAUCGCUGACUAGGAACAGCAUUGAUGCAUCAUUAGUUGUAUUAGUCAUAUGCAUUAAAUAGCCCACACUGGGUAUAAAGUGCAAGUAUACCGUUUGGGGUAAUGAAGAUGGAGUGCUGUGUUGUUCCUGCCCUGCGAGCAUUCAAUAUCCUUACCAGGUAUAAAGUGGGGUUGCACAAAGAAGUCCAGAUUUAGAAAAUAAGAGUUUACAUGUUCUCCCUGUGAUGACGUAGGUGUCCCCCAAGUGUUUCAUUUUUCCCCCACAUCUCUUGCUGAUUUGUAGGUUAAUUGGCUAUUGUCCCUAGAUGGACAGAGUUGAUUGGUAUCCAAGAAAGAAGGGUUGCAUUGGAAAUAAGAGGGGGAAUGAGACUGAAAGGAAUGCUCUGAGAGAUGGCACAGACUAGAUGGUCUAAUGGCCUCCAAUGAAAACAUAUUCAUGCAUCUGUAAAUGUACUUCAUGUAUGAUUUCCUAAAAAUCUACUGUCACUACAUAACCAAAGAAAUAAAACAUUCAUCAAGGUAUACGCAUCUUACUACAUUACCAAUAAGAUGUCAAAAAGUUACAGCACAAUCAUUUCGCAUGCCAAUAUGAGCAUAAGAGCUAAAAAAAAACAAACUGCUGGAGGAACUCAGCGGGUCAAGCAGCAUCUGUGGAGGGAAAGAAAUUGUUGAUGUUUCAGUUUGAGUCCCUGCAUCAGGACAGAAUGGAGAGAGCAGGUAGCCAAUAUAAAGAGGAGAGGGGCAGGGGUGAGCUGGGCCAGUACGUAAUAGGAGGACUCGCCCUUUCUCUUUGCAGAUGAUGCUCGACCCACUGAGUUCCUCCAACAGUUUGGUUUUUUGCUCCAGGUUCCGGUAUCUGCAGUCUCCUCUGUGUUCAGGAGCAUUAGGAGUCCAUAAUGGUCUUUCAUUAAUAUUCUUACUUAUCUAAUGAAUUCCCAAUUGGAUUCAAGGCAUCCAGUUCUAACGUGUCAAUACAUUUCAGUUUAAAUCUACACAUUCUUUAUUCAUGAAAAAUUGGUUUGCUUGUGUACUUUGUUUUGAAAGUACUUUUGAAUGUGCCUCAAGGAAACAAGUCCAUGAAUAAGUAAAACCAUUUAUCGGCAAAACUCCAAUAAUCUUAUAACAUAUACAUUUUGCACAAGACAUGCAUUUCAUACAGUCAUAAUCCAGAUGGCAUUAAACUGAAAGUACUCUGUUUAUAUUGUGGGAAGUUAUUUCUCUAAAUGUACAGUUUUUGUAAAUGUGAAUAUCUCAAUUUGAGUUAUUUCAGUCAGUGACUGGAAAAACAUUAAUGCUUUUAUUUUGGAAAUCAAAUUCUUGAAUGUAAUACCGACUGACGGAAUUACUCUUACACCUCUGAGAAUAAAGCCAUUGUGGUUUAUCCCACUUUCAAUGGGAGUGGGAGAAAUUCGCAGAACUGAAAAGCAAGAUCAAUGACAGCCAUUUUACUUGGAUUUAAUAACAUGUCAAUAUCAGCCUAAUUUACUAUAUUUGUUUUUGUGGAAACCAUCAAAAUUAGGUAUAUUCAUUGAAAUUUAUAGUGGCCUGAAAGUGUAUUAAUGGCCCUUUGCAAAAUUAGACCUUUUAUGAUACUGAUUGUGUGAUAUGAAAGACAAUUCAUAAAUGUGCCAUACAAAUAUUGUAAGGUUUUUUUGAGGAAUUGAUAAUAUUCCCUUUUGGGAUUUGUUUCCAAUAUGUCAAGAUACUUUGCUUAACUUUUAACAAAAUGGAUAGUAUUCUGCUGUUAAUGUAGAUAUUUUACAAUUUAUCUAAAAUGUAUGUAUUUUUGUAAUUACAGUUUUCAAUUUGCAUGGAAUAUUCAUCAUUUUGAUGUAUUGGUUACUGCAUGAUUGCAUGAACAAUCAAUCUAUAUUUUGGCUCAUAGUAUUGAGAAUCAAAGAUUCUG